AUGCCGCGAACGGCCGUUGUUGUUGGCGCUGGGCCCGUGGGAUGUCUAGCCGCUCUUGCGCUACGCAACGCCGGCUGGACAGUGACCGUAUAUGAUGCCCGUCCUGACAUGCGUCUCCCUGAAAAUAAGAGCCAACUGUCGCAACGCUCGAUCAAUUUGGCCAUUUCCGCCAGAGGUAUCACCGCCUUGCAUUCGGUGAACCCAAAGUUUGCAGAAAGAUUCCUGGAUACGGCAAUUCCUAUGCGCGGGAGAAUGAUCCAUCCCGUUCACGGAAGAGAAGAAAGCCAACUGUACGACCUGAAUGGGCAGUGCAUCAACUCGAUUGACAGGGCACUUCUCAACGAGGACUUGCUCAACCAACUGACAGCCGCAUCUGUGCCUAUAGUCUUCCGCCACAAGCUGCUUCAUGCAGACUUUGAUCACAAGACGUUGACAUUCUACUCCGAAUCUGAUCAAAAGGACGUGCGUGUACGUUACGACUUUUGCAUCGGGGCAGAUGGCUGCUAUUCAGCGGUCCGCCGACAGCUGAUGCGGGUAGUCCGAAUGAACUACCAGCAAGAAUACAUCCCUCAUGAAUACAUUGAGCUCCGAAUUCCUGCUGGAAAGGGACCCUCCGGGGAGGAUACGUUUCGACUAGACCCAAAUCACCUGCAUAUCUGGCCACGGCAUUCUUUCAUGCUUAUUGCAUUGCCUAACAAGGACAAAACAUUCACUUCGACCCUCUUUGCACCCACGGCAGAAUUUGAAAGAUUUCGCGACGACAAAAUGUUUAUAUCGUGGUUCCGGACACACUUUCCGGAUGCUCUCGAUUUGGUUGGCGAAGAUCGGCUGCUACACGACUACAAGCACAAUCCGAGAAGCGCUCUGAUUCACAUCAAGACCCGACCGUAUCACUACAAGGACAAUGUCAUCCUCUUGGGUGAUGCUGCCCAUGCCAUGGUGCCCUUUUACGGCCAGGGGCUCAACUGUGGACUGGAAGACGUCCGCGUUCUCCACGUGCUACUAGAGAAGCACAGGGUCGACCCUGAAAAUAUGGUCCCGGACGGACAAGUCGAUGACAACCUUUCUCGCGCUUUGCAAGAAUACACCGACUCGCGACACGAAGACUUGGAUGCAAUUUGCGACCUUGCCAUGGCAAACUAUGAGGAGAUGAGGCAUGCAGUGACAACGCCCAUGUAUCGGCUGCGAAAGACGCUCGAUGGGCUACUAUCGAGGUGGACGCCGUUCCUCCCGUUCCAAUCCUUUUUCCCAUACCUGUCGUCGAACACGUUUGAACCGACGCCGAACGGCUGGCUCGCACUGUAUACGAUGGUCACCUUUCGACCGGAUAUACGCUACUCUGAAGUGCGACGAAAGGCAAAACGGCAAGAUUACCUUCUUUCCAUGUUUGCUUGGAGCGGGAUCGCAACCACGGCCGGUGUCGGCUCGUUGGCCGUCGGUUUGCAGUUAUGGGCACGGUGGAGACGGUGCUGA